AUGGCCGAUCCCCGCGUUGAAGAGAUUGUCGAUGACGAGGUUCCCAACACCGUUGAGAGCGACUCCGAGUCCGACAACGAAGAGCCCACCAUCCCCGGUGGUGCCUCCGUCACCAUCCACUCCCGUGGUGAGAAGAAGGCUCGCAAGGCCAUUGCCAAGCUCGGCUUGAAGCACGUUCCCGGCAUCACCCGUGUUACCCUCCGCCGCCCCAAGAACGUUCUCUUCGUUGUCAGCAACCCCGAUGUCUACCGCUCCCCCAACAGCAACACCUGGAUCAUCUUCGGUGAGGCCAAGAUUGAGGACUUGAACGCCCAGGCUCAGGCUUCCGCUGCCCAGCAGCUCGCUGCCGCUGAGGCUGCCGGUGAGCACGCUGGUCACGACCACGACCACGAGCACGAUCACGACCACGACCACGGUGUUCUCGGUGCCCCCGUUGAGCCCAAGCAGGAGGUCGAGGAGGAUGACGGUGAGGAGGUUGACGAGUCUGGUCUUGAGGGCAAGGAUAUCGACCUUGUCAUGGCCCAGGCCAGUGUUUCCCGCAAGAAGGCCGUCAAGGCUCUGCGGGAGAACGACAAUGAUAUUGUCAACUCCAUCAUGGCUCUCAGCAUUUGA